GGAAUGCCCACGUCUUAAAAGACCCUACGGCGCUGCUGGUCGUGCCACUUUUUACCUGGCACUCAAUACUUCUGACGCAAGAUGGCACUCCCAGGGCGUGCGUGGAGCAGCCUGCUACUCUUCUUGCUUCUCUCUACUUCGCAACUGUGUCUUGUUCACGCCGAUGGAUUCACCUUCCCAACCGAUGAUGUGUAUCAAUUCAUUGUCGGAGACCUGGUCAAUGUCACCUGGGAUUGGGUGUCACCACGCAUCUCGCUCUACGAAGUCUGCUCCACGGCCGUUCUUCUAGAAUCCAAUGUCUCCGACACACAAAGCUACGUCUGGAACGCCACCCGAGACAAUUAUAAGGAGUCGGGCUGUGUAUUUGAGCUUGUCCCCCUCACGGACGACGGCACUCCCAACCCCCCAAACUUAACCAGCGUCAUCAUCGGCGUCAGCAAGCGAUACACCAAUGACCCAGCACCGACCUCCUACAACUUCGGUGGCACAUCCUCCUCGACCGCGACCUCCUCCGCUACCGCCUUUCUAACAACGACAAAAGCAUCCUCAUUCACUACAACCACAACCGCGGAGCCAGCAUCGGCGACGAUAUCGUCCUCCACUGCCAACGAAACACCCACAGCCAUCGCAAAGACAGGCCUCACCACCGCCCAGAAAGUAGGACUCGGGCUCGGAGUCCCGCUGGGGGUCUUGGCGCUAUCACUAGCCGGGGCGUUGAUCUUCAUGUACCGCCGUAGGCAGCGACGGAGACGCGAGGGUGGAUCGUCUGCACAGCUACCAUUGCCGCCAUCGCAGCAGCAGAGUUCAGAGCAUCUGUACUAUGCUGUUCCACCAAUGGCUGAACAGCCGAAAUCCCCGUUUGACGGGUCACGGAUGUCGCGGGUGUCCGGGGCAGAGACGCUGAUUGCGGAGCUCCCGGCGGCGGUGGAGGCCCAGUCGGAGAGGGGGGAUAGUCUGCGGCCGGUUAGUGAGCUCAUGGGGACACCGAGGAAUGAGUUGACAUGAUGAGGAGAGAGGUUGACUGUGAGGUAUAAGGUGGGACUUAAUGGUCAUAGUUCUCGAGCGUUGAGAUUCCUUAAUGAAUGCUAAGCUAGACCUUGGAUUAGGGUUAUAUAAUGUCUGCAUACUAAUGUGAUAAAAAUAAUUUGAAUGUGGUGGGGGUUCAGUCUCCAGUGUAUAUAUUGGUGGCGCACCAUGUGACUGGAACAAUUGAACAGUUUUGUUUAUCUUUUCUAUAUG